CUAAAAAAAACAGUUAAAUCAUGGUUCGUCUCAAAGACCUAGUCAACAACAAAACCAGAAAGAGGAGAAUUUUGAUUUUCAGGGAAAGGAAGAAUGGGAGUUUUGGUGAAAGUCACUGAUGCGAUACUGUUCGUGUUCUUUGUCAUUAUCGCGCUGGCAGCUCCGUUGAUCGACGCGCAGACGUGUCUCCCGACGAGUCUUAUCCCAGACUUCUUGGUGGAGCUCACUAGUUGGUAUAGCCGUGAGUUCGGCGAUUAUCUGGUUGACGAGAGGCCUCAUUUCUAUGUCGGUCUUCUUUGGUUGGAGUUCCUUUUCCAAUGGCCUCUCGCUCUCAUCAAUUUGUACGGUAUUUUGAGUGCCAAGUCUUGGUUCAAUACCACUUGUUUGAUUUAUGGCGUCUCAGCGUCUACCGCAUUGGCUGCUAUUUUAUCAGAAAUGAUAGGGUCCAAUAAAGCAUCUGAUAAGCUCAUAAUGUUGCACUUGCCUUUCUUGGGGUUUGGUGUCUUAGCGACGCUGCGAGGCCUGCUACCACAAUCUGGAAAGGCUUCUCCAACUGUUGGCAAGGGCCCUGCACUGGCUAGGAAAAAGAGAGCUUGAAAAAGAGAUUGUAUCUGGCUAAUAAUAAGUGCACUGAAAAGUUUUUGCCUUUUUGGUCCUUUUCUCUCUGCCUUCCAUACUUCUGUUGCCUGAUUGAGUAUAUAUGUAUUCUGAUCUUGGUAUUGUUGGCAUAUUUGGAACAAAUUCUUAUGGUUAAAAUUGGUGGUUUCUUGAUUGGAUAGUUACGAGCUGUAUGAAUAAUGAAAGACAUAUAUGAAUGAUUUGAGAUGGAUUUCUCUAAA